AUGGUAUGUGAUUGCGGGUGCAAGGAGACUGUAGUGAAUGACGCCCGGGGUGAGACGAUAUGUACGUCGUGUGGACGUGUGCUGUCACAAGGCGCCAUGGUAGACAUGCUCACUUUCGGUGGAGGUGGGCGUAUGCAAGGACAAUUCAUUGACGCUCGUACUGGCACGAUUCGCGGCUUUGCAUCGUUGUAUGGACCCCGAAAUAAUAGUGAGGUAACAUUAGCUCGUGGCUUCGGUAACCUGGAGCGAGUGGCCGAUCGGUUGGCGAUUUCGCCUUCGGUAAUAGAGGCGUCUAAGCGGCUUUAUCGUUUGGCCUUGCAGAGGAACUUUACGGUGGGUCGGAAUAACUACUAUGUCGUUUCUGCCUGUCUAUACGCAGUCUGUCGGAAAGAGAAGGCGGCCCAGAUGCUGAUCGACUUUUCGGACGCCCUCAUGGUACCAGUUAAGACAUUAGCUCAGGUCUUUAUGAAGCUGACCGCCUCGCUAUCCCUCCAAGUACCUUGCGUUGAUCCCUCACUGUUCAUGGACCGAUUCGCACACAGCAUGGAAUUGGGCCCACGCGCAAAUAAGGUUGCGCAAACGGGUGUCCGUAUAGUGCAGGCGAUGACCAGGGACUGGCUCGUCACUGGACGACGACCAUUAGGGCUGUGCGCCGCGUCUCUUCUUGUCGCCGCAAGGUACCAUGGAUGCAAACUGAACUCUGAUGACAUCAACGAUCUCUUCCGCGUCUCCCAUAGCACCGUCGACAAACGCCUCCUAGAAUUUCGAGCCACUGCUGUCGCACAAGUCGCCGUCAAAGACUUCGACCAAACCGAUGUUCAGACACUACCGCACGCUGCACUGCCCCCCUGCGUUCUAAACCCUUCCAAACGUCGAAGGCUCAUGCUACUCAACAACGACGACGCAGCUUACAACAGCAACAAGCCCGUGCAUCUCCUCCACCAAGAACUUCCACAACUACUUGACAAAGCCGCCACCCCGGGCGCCUCUACGCCUGGGACCGUCGCAGCCGGUGUGGAGAAAGCUUUGCUGUCGCAUCGAGACCAAGACGAAGCCAAUAAGACCGACCGUUCGGAACAGUGGCUAGAGGCACGACUGCAACGACUCGCAAUAGAAAACUCAGGCGCCACAAAACUCGGAACUGAAAUUCCGCUGAGCGAAGUCACCACAGUGGAGAUCGCUUGCAGCCAGAAGUUGCCCGUGUCAGACGUGGCAGGAGUCGCGCACAACUUCGUGCGGGCGGCUGAGAAGAGAGUGGACGGCACGCAGUCGACGUCGGCCUCGCAGUCCACGGCUGCCUCGCACAACUUCGUGAGCACCCUGGGGGACGAUGCCCAGUCGCUCAUCAACAGCAUUUUGGCGAUUGUGCCAGAGGAGGAAAGGUCGAGUAUCGGCGAGAAGGUUGGAGCAGGCGGUAUGCUUGGGUCGACUGGGCUUGGAGCUGUCGACGCCGACAAGGCUGCAGCAGAUGACAAGACUGCAGCAGAUGACAAGGCUGCAGCAGAUGACAAGGCUGCAGCAGAUGACAAGGACGCGGCGGGCGACAAGGCUGCAGCAGAUGACAAGGACGCGGCGGGCGACAAGGACGCGGCGGGCGACAAGGACGCGGCGGGCGACAAGGACGCAGCGGACGACAAGGACGCAGCGGGCGACAAGGACGCGGCGGGCGCGCCAGCCAACCUGAUAAGCAACCCGACAAGCGGGGACUUGGUGAGUGAUUCGAUGAACAUACUGGCGCAGCUGGGGUUCGGCGGCGGUCCGGACGGCAGCCCCGGAACGGCUACGCCGUUGUCCGGCAGCGUUGGGAAUGCUCUAGUUCCCACGGAAUUGGCGUUAGCUUUGCAGCAGUCGUUGGUGGAGGCAGAAGAGGACGAAUACGUCCGGUUAGGUGAGAGCGUCGUGUCUGAGAGUUUGAGUGACGUGGAAGACAGUUGGGUGGAGCCCUUUUUGUUGACAGAAGAGGAGCGGGAGGCCAAGGCGGUGUUAUGGGAUGAGUUAAUGAAAGAUGUCAUGCCGUUGGUACUGGAGCGCGCAAAAGAACGACGCGCGCGAGAAGGCAAACGCCCCGGUGCCAAAAAAAGACCGCCCCUGAAGAGUAUGACCAACGCCGGAGACAGCGUCAAAGCCGCCCUCUCUAGAGCUAAUGCCAACCUUAGCGUCAAUGAACAAGCCGUAGACGCAUUGUUUAGUAUAUAA